UUUGUGAGAUUUUCAUAGCAGAAAGAACAUUUGAGUUUUCGUACGUUUUUUACUUUGUUUGUUUGGUAAUGCACGAUAAACUCGAUAGGAAUUCGAGCAAUCAAAAGUGAACUGCAUUCGAAGUAGAGCAAAACGAUAAAAACAGCAUCAUUCAGAUGCAGUUGCUGCAUCAGGUGCUGCAGCUGCCACAGGAGUUUGCUGCAUAAUUAGCAUUCGAAACGGAACAAGCGCUACACAGAUACACAGUGCCAGACGCAAGACACAAGAUACAAGAUACAGCCGCUGCAAAAUGUAUCUCAUACAGACUGUUCAGACCACUUGGCGGCCACAAUUGCCGCUGCCCAAGGAGCUGCAGCUAACGGAUGAACGGCACAGCGACACGAAAGUGAUAUCCACCAAAGCGGACAUCCAUUAUCCCCAGAACUACGACGAGAACUAUCAUCAGGCAGUAGCAGCAGCAGCCGCAGCCGCAGCCGAGGAGGAGGAGGAGCAGGAGCAGAUGGAUCGAUUGAGGGGCCAUCAUGGGGGGAGUGUAGGAGGCUCCUCCCAGCAGUUGUCCCACAAACAGAAAUGGUCCUUCGGCCGUCUGUUUCGAGGCAAGAAAAAGGAUGCCGCGGAGUGUAGUCCAUCGUCCAGUGAGGAGGAUCGCAAGGCCGGCUUUGUGCCCUCGCAACGACAGGCGCCAGGCAGUGGAAAGCCCAAGGGAAAGCCAGGGAAAUCCUCGUCCUCGCGGGGCAGCAGCAGGUACGAGGAGCAGGCGCCGCCGCCACCACCCCCACAUCGCCCCCAGUCCAUAGACCAUGAGUUUUUCCUGCCUGUGGAAACGAUACAGCAACAGCCGGAACCGUACUACCAAAAUCAACCGGGGCCCGGAUAUUACCAUCGAUCGAUGAGUAACUCCUUGGACAGACGCGGGCUCAUGCAACAGCAGCACCCCCACCCACACGCCCACACCCAAAUGGGGGGCAAGUCCCGCUCUGCCCAAAGGAAGCCCCCGGGGGCCCAUCACUCCAGUGCGGAGGAGGAGCUGAUCUCAUUGAACUCUUCGACCUUCUCCAAGUACCGCAGCGACGAGAGCAUCCACAGUGGGGGGCAGGCCCUGAUGCAGGGCUCCUCGCUGCAGUCCCAGUCCCAGUCGCAGGCGCAGGCGCAGAACAGUCGCCGCAGUCGAGCGGCGCGCAACGAACGCUACUACAAACGCCUCUCCCGCGACGGAGAGCAGAGCCAUGGCGGCGUGCCGCCGCUGCCCAAUCCCCAACGCUACAAGACGCAGCCCCUGCCGCUGUCCAUCUACCAGCCGAAUGCCGCCUAUGUCCAGUGGCAGCCGCAGCAGAAGCCCCUGCAGAAUACCAUCCAGAACGAUGGCAAGCGCAGCAUCAGCUACGACAGUCACAUCCAUUUGCAGAAUGUGAAUGGCAGGAUGCAGAGCAAGCCCCUGCCGCCGCCUCCGCCACCCAGAGAUCCACUGCGGCGUGUGCAUGCCGUGGGCUCCAGCUCGGGGGAUCUGCGACCCGUUUCCUACGCCUUCGACCACAGCGGCCGGUGCGUCUCCGACGAUAGGAUAUGGCAGCCGGCGCCGCACUAUCAAUCCGUGCAUUCACUGAACUCCCAGCCCAGCUCCUCGAUAGCCAGUGCUCCGCCGAGCCAGCAGCCGCAGCAGUCGCAGCAGCAGCCGCAGCACCAUCGGCGGUUCAUCACCCGUUCGGAGAGGAAUGCGCAUCCUGGCAAGCAGUCCCUGCCAAAUGGCAUUGAUUUUCACUAUGUCGCAGACGCCACUCCGCGCUCUCGCAAGCCCAUACACAUGAUGGAGGCGGAGAAGCAGGAGACACCACCCUCCAGUGGGAUACUGAGGACCUCGAAGAGUGGUCUGCCCACAGCAGCGGCGGCACCGCAGCCCAUCAUGAAGCCCCGCUCCAUUUCCAGCUCCCGAUUGAGCGAACUGCGUGGAGGAUAUCCCAUGCCCAUGUAUUCGGAGGUGCUGAAACCGAAGAGAACGCCGCCUACGGCACCCGCAAGCAAUGCCCUGCACGAUCAGGACAAUGUGGUGUGUGGCAGUCUUCAGAUCAAACCAAACUAUGUGGAAAUCCGGCAUCGGGAUGUCCAAAAGACCAACUCCAUGCCGCAUCAUUAUCAGCGCAGGUCUGGCGAGGAUUUGCCCAACAAAUACGAGGAAUAUGUGGCCGAGAAGCGGGAGCAGCACCAGCAGGCGCCACCGCCCGUCUACCCCGAACGAAAGCAGAGCCUGCCCGCGGUGCCGCCACUGUAUUUCCCACGGAAGAAGCCGGCCAAUCUGGAGGAGGCCAUCAAUGAGCUGGAGGCCAUUUACAAGAGUCUGGGACUCACGGAGCCACAGGAGCCCAAGGCAGAGGUGACCCCGACGAUGCCAGAGAUGAUGCCGGAGACUGCUGCCCCGCCAAAGAUGCGGGUACCGACGCCCAGUGACUUCGAGAAGUUCGCCCUGGCCCAUGCGGAUGAGUACGAUGAUGAGGACUCGCCGACGGGAGAGCCAGACCUUGUGAGGGAUGAUGUGGCGUACAGGAAUCUGCAGCUGGCGAAUCUUCAGCAUCGUUCGUCCGAGAGGCAGCCGCCAUUUGGCAUACCCGUGGGUCCCAUUGUGCCGGCCCCCCAGUCGGAUUAUCUGCACGUGGAGCCCAUCCGGGUGAUCAAGAAGAAGAAGAGCACCUCCCCGGACAUCGUAAAGGACGAUCUGGCAGUGCGCGCCCUGCGCAAGGAUCCCCCAGGACCCAAAUCGAGCUUCCACUAUCCCAUGCAAAAGAAACAGCGGGCCACAAGGACACAGUCUGCAAAUAUCUACAAUCUGAUCCAUCGAGAUGCAGCGAAACCGUCGGGCGGGGAUCUGAGGAGCUACAUGGAGCUCACGAAGAGCAUUGAACGGGCGGGCAGCAUGUCGAACCUUCAGGCAGAGGCCACCAAUGACAUACCAGCCACACUGGACCUCCUGCGGAAGCUCAAGGCCCAGGACGAGGAGAUGGAAGCGGUUCAGAAGAAAGCCCACGCCAUACCCUUCCGUCAUCCCAGUCAGGGCGGAGCCAUUGCCCAUCUGCCAGAGCGCUUGAAUACCAAGGAAGAGCCCCCCAAGGUACCGCCUGUGGCGGCGCCCAGGAAGAGCCUGACGCCCGAACCCCUCCUUGAGGAUGCCCUGAACAAGAUCGCGCAGGAUGCCCAGGCGAGCAGCAUCAAAUUGAGCCAGGAACUCCAUGAGCUGCGCCGAGAGGCACUGAUUACAGCCGCCAGACCCAAACUGAAUGCCGAGCAACAGAAACUCGAAGACGAACUCCAAGAGAUCGAUGCCGUGUCCAAGGCGGCCAAGAGAUGCGGCCAGAUGCUGCUGGACAACCUGCCCGAUGCGGGACAAGAGGAGGAGUAUCAGAUGCAGCCCCAAAGGAAACUCCACAAAGAGGGAAAACUCAUACGCGCCAUCGAUGAGGUCUCCGAGGCGGCCAAUGCCGUCUGCGAGAAGAUCUUGAAGGAUAUUGUCACGACAGAGCCGCCCGUGAUAGUCCACGAGGCACGGCAGGUGAAGCAGCCCACGGGCGGAGCCACAGGAGGAGCCCAGGCGGAGCACCUGGUGAUGCCCACUCUCAUCAAGAAACUGGAUCCCAUUCAAUCGGAGAAGAUGGAGCACAUCGCCCGCCGUUGCAUGCGACAACUGAGCGAGCUGGCCGAGGCCCAACCGGACUACGAUAAUCUGCCGGCUGCCUGUAAUAUAAACGCUGCACCGGCUACCGACGCUGCUGCGGCUGAUGCCACUCUCAUUUCUACCGUUCCAGAGACGCUCGAGGAGAUUGACAAAAUAAUGCAGGAGUGCGAGCGUCAGGCGAAGGGGAGCACGGCCACAGCCACAGGAUCAGGAUCAACCACCGAUGACCAGCGCACCACUGCCCCCAGCAUCACGAGUGGCAGCCACAGCCACAGUGGAGGAGGCAGCAGCUGUCCACCAAAUGUGAGCACCACAGCGAGCUCCUUCAGCAGCAGCAGCGACUGCUUGGCCAAAUCGUCGAGUCCCUCGAACGCCAGCCGCCUGCUGUCCUCGAGCAUUACCUCCUUCAAUCCGUACUCCUCGAGCGACUACAUCAAGUCGCAGAGCAGCGACUACCAUGCACCCAGCACCGAUCCCAUCAAGACAUUCAGCACCACAUCGUACGAUGUGCAGUCCACCACAGCGAAUAACACCACCAAUAGCACCAUGAGCACCACCAGUAACACGAAUACGAUCAGCAGUUGCACCACAAACCCACGGGAGACAAAUCCAGAGACGACCGCCUCGUGCUCUGUGUCGCCACAGCCGCUGCAGCUGACGCCCGUGCGAGGCACCUCCUCAUCGCCAUCGCAGUACAACUCCAGCGAAGAGCUGGCUGCCAUUUUUGGCAUCGAAGAGCAGCCCAAGCAACGGAAGCAGCGACAGCAUCAGCAGCAUCACACAGAAACCAUUGCGGCCUCAAGUGACUUAUCCACAGCCUCAGCCACUGCCAAAACUAGCUGCCACAGGCCACAAGAAGAGUCGCAGACUUCGCCAACUGCGGCGACCAAAGGAAGAACCUCUGAGGACUCCAGUGGCGCCUCCAAGUCGGGUGGAUACCGGGGACAGCACCCGCACUUUCAUCAUCACACAACGCCCGCAUACUACACGGAUCUGCAGCUCAAGAUCCACACGCCACAGGCCACGGAUGUGGGUGCCUUGAACGAGAACUAUCAGAGUGUGUAUGCCACGCCCAGCUGCAACACCCAGCUGGUGGAGCAGCGUAGAUCCUUCCCCAAGAGCGCAACAGCAACGGCAACGGCAACGGCCACACGUGCCACGUUUUUUCGUGGCGACGCUGCAUCGACACAAGACGCCACAAGACGCCGUCAGCGGCCGGGCAGCGAGGGCAGUCGCUACUUCAAAUUCUCUGCAGGAUCUGUGAGCCCUACAAAAGGUGAAGAAACGAGCAGCCAUCCACCCUUGACCUCGAGUCAGUCCCCAUCAAUCAUCAGCAAGCCCACACGCACCACCAAUAGAAAUAGUUGUAGUACCGCCGCCAAUAGCCAUCCUCCCGUAGAGACAGCUAGUCGUGGUAGUCCUGGUAGUCCCGGUAGUCCCGGUAGCCCCGCUCCUGGUCCUGCCCCAGCCGUAGUGAAUGCCGCAAGUGGAGGCCGCAACAGUCGCCACAAGCAGCGGUUCCAUCAGCGUUCGAAGCGGGCGGUGCGCGAGAAGGAAAAGGAGAAAGAGAAGGUGAAGGUGAAGAAGGAGCCACAGGAGGACCGGGACCCAACAACCGACAAGCUGGCGACCUUUUGGCCUCUGCAUCAUCGCGUCCAUACUCCCCCAGCACCAAUGCAGAAGGAGCUGCCUCCGGGCGGCGCCGCCCCUGCCCCUGGCACUAGUCUCAUGCCCAGGCGUGGCGGCGGCAUGCAGCCGGACAGCAGCAGCAGCGCGGACUCGUUCCAUGCCCUGCACUCUAGUCACAAGUUCACGAAUCUGGUAGCCGACCCUGCCGCCGCCGCCGUCGCCGCCAAGGCCGCCUCGCUGCCGCCUCAGGGGAUGGAGGCGCCGCCACAGCCACACACCGCCCGAUGCGUGGCACCGCCGCAUCACUACCAUCGUUCGGCCAAGAGCCUGGAGCCCUCGGCCAAGACGACAGCACCACCCCCAUCGGCGGAUGUCAGGAACUACGAUGCGGGCAGACCCGUCAGCACUGACCGCCUGUUCGUGGCGCCCCCAAAGGUCCCAGUGCAGGCAGUGAAGGACUUCAAGCGUCGCUUGAUCAAUCAGGGAGAUGGACGUGAGGAUGGCGACGCGUCCGAGGGGAAGCAAUUCGACCAGGGCGAGGUCUUUGAUACCCUCGCACGCUGGCAGAAGGAGCUGACGUCUGCCAGCGACAAGAUUCAGCUGGUGAAUGGUGCCGCAGCCACAGCCUCAGCCUCAGCCACAGCCACAGCCACGGCCACGGCCAAUGGCCAUCACCACGAGCUCGAUCAUCCACUCCAUCCAGAUCACGAUCACCAGUCGAACGUCCAUCACCAAUCAUUGCCAUCAGUAGAACCGCCAGUGACCCCCAAGCAUCAGCAUCAGUUGUCUCCUCAACACCAGCACCAGGCCACCAAUGCACGAAGAUUCAUAACGCGCACCACACGCUCCCACAGUCGCCAGGGAUCCACUGGAGGCCAUCACUCAUCGCCACCGCCACCGUUGCCGCUGCUAUCCUCCGCCUCCGCGGGCGCCAUCGGAACCACCGCCGCCGCUGGCUACCACAGCGACUCCUCCUACAGUUCGCCCUCUCCCACCAGGCGUCGGAACAAACCCUCGAUCGGAGCCCUGUCCACGGACCCGCAGUCCUCGGCGAAUGGCAAUAGUUCUGCUUAUGAAACGGCAGCCACCACUGUGAUGACACACGGACCAGCAGUGAAGGCGCCUCCUCCUCAGCAUCGUGAUCAGCAGCAGCAGCCGCCGCCGCCGCUUGCCCCCGUUGAAGUUCCUAAGGUGGAGCCCAAGCCUCAACCUACAACCGAGACGUCCAUCAUCGCCAGCUGCCCAAAAGAUUCAACAACAAGCAGCAGCCGCAACAGCAGGGGAAAAGCUCCCACCAAAUGCAGCCUUAAUUGCGCCUACAUACACAACAACAACUGUAACUGCAACUGCAACUGCCACUGCAGCAAAGGCCAGUGCCACAGCAACAGCAACAGCAACAACAACACUAAUCUGCAACUGCCACAGAAACGAGGCAACAACACCACGCCCAUGCCGCCCCUAGCUAAUGCCAACAAAGCGCCGUUAAUUGUGCUGAAAGCAGCGGCAGCGACAACAACGACAGGAGGAGGUGCCACAGCUGUUGCCCCCGCCUCCGCCUCCGCCUCCGCCUCUGCCACGAGUUCUCCGAUUAAACGUCGCAAGAAUCCCCCCACGAUUUCCCCUUUGAGCUUGGGCUUGGGCUUGGAGGCGGCCGGCGGCAGUGGCGGUGGCGGCAGCUGCUGCUCUUCGUCCACAUCCACAUCGCCCCAAUCCUCGCCAGCGGUGCGUCAAACCAAAGCCAGUCGCCUGCGUGCCGCAGCGCUCGACAAAAAGAAGGAAGAGGAGCAUCAGCGCCAGCGCUAUAGUUCGCCCUGUUCCCCAAGGAACACGGGCGGUGCAGCAGCCGGUGGUCGCUCGCCAAGUCGUCGCCUCAGCAGCUCCGAGAUUUCACCAAAGUCUACCGUCAUCUGUGGCUUCAACUCGGAGCCAGCAGCGACUGGAGUGGCUGGAGCAGCAGGACAGUCCAAGCAGCGAUCCUCGUCCCAACCGGCGGACACGCCACCCACACAGCGAAAACAGAACCUGGUGGCCGUCGGCAGUGGCCUCUCCAUGAAGCAGAACCUCAGCGAACUGCACUUUACGGCCUCGUCCGAUUGCACCCUCAAGAUGCGGCCGCGCAGCAGCACACUGUGCACCGAGCAGACGGACACGCAGAACGGGGCACGCGAUCAUCUGAAUCUGGCCAACUUGCAGCUGAGUCCCGUGCAAAAGCACAAGCGAACGCCGGAGAGCUCCCCCCGUCGUCUGGGAGAUCGCGAUAAGUCGGCGAAACGCAAAUCAAAUUUGAAUCGUUCAUUGACAGAGGAAGCCACCAAGGAUGGCGAUGAGGCAGACGCCUCGAAUCGCCGCCGACGUCGUCGUGAACUGGGAAUGGCACGUCCUUUGGUUCCUGGAGAGGAUGACACCCUCAGGGAUCUGCUCUCCCAGUCGCCGGUGAAGAGCUCCUGCAGCGAAUCGACUGUGGCCUCGAGGUCGGAAUCCUUGCGUCCACCGCCGUGCCCCUACCCUGGACUGCGCCAUCCCGAGGUGGCUGUGCGCACGAUGACGGCUGUGUUGCCUGCGCCACGACCACUGCAUGCCCUGCAGCCGGCCGCGAAGACUGUUUCCCAGAAAUUCAAUGAGCGAACCCGUGCGGAUCUCGCGGAGAUUAAGAAGAUUGUGGAUCAAUCGGAGGAGGUGCAGCAGCCGCAGCCGCCACAGCAGCAGCCAGAGGAGAUGGCAAGCCAGAAAAUGUCUGCUGCAGCAAUUCUGCGACGCAAGAGCUCGGAUGAGGCAGGAGUCACAGGAGGAGCAGCGGCCACCGGUGCACAGAGCUCUCCCCCGGCACCAAACCAGAUCGUUUCCAUUCUCAAGAAAAAGGAACAGGCCUUUGGGGACUGCAACUCGAGUGCCUCGAGCAACGCCUCCCCAGUGACGUUCUCCUCGAGCGUGAUGGAUCCACCGCUGGCGGGGACCGCCCGCAGCAAGCGUCAGGGGAUCCUGAAGAAGCGCUCCAGCCUAGACGAGUCGCGCUACUACUCCCGGUCCCAUUCCCCGGAUGAGCGGAGCAUACUGAUCAAAUCCGCGAGGCGGAACUCCCUCGAGGAAGCAGGCACGGGACUGAGUCCCGCCCAGAGCCAUGGGAUCCUGAAGCAGAGCAGCUACGACAGCAGCAAGAGCGACGGCUGCCCCUCGGCUACGGAGAGUCAGCCGCAUAGCAUCCUGAAGAAGAAGGACUCGCUGUCGACGCCCUCGGACGGGGGCUGCCACAAGCAUGUGUCCAUCUCGCAGGCCGUGACACUGGCAGCCGCUGAACUGGCGGCCCAUCACGACGGCAGCUUCGGACUGGAGGAUGCAGUAGGGGAGGGCGAGUGGCAUGAAAUCAGACCCAUUCUGAAGCAGGAGAGCACCUCCAGCGAGGAGGCAGUUCGUCCCCCGAAGCCCAUACUGAAGAAGAAGUCGUUUGGGGAGGCGGAUGAGCACGAGGCGAUUCGACCGAUACUAAAGUCCUCCCGCAAGAGCAGUCGCGAGGAGUUCGAUCUGAGCGGCUUGGAUCACGAUGGAGGCACCGAUUCGCCCAUUCAUCCCAUACUGAAAACCGAUUCGCCCUCCAAGCGGCGCUCCCUGGGCUCCUCCCACGACCAGGACUCCCCGAGCCUCCUAAAGCGUCGCACCCGCUCGCUGGAGCGUCAGGAUGCCCCGCCCGUCAUGGAUUUGGCUGCAGCACUCGAUGCCAUCUCCACAUCGCAGGCGGCAGCUGCUCCCGCCAGCAGCACCCCCGUCGACUUUGUCACCACUCCGGCGAGUAUAUCCGUGGCGGAGAGGAUUAAGCGCAUGGAGAUGCUCGCGACACCGACCUCCCGCCUGGCGGGUGGCAUCAACAGCAGCUGGGAGUCGCCGCUACAGCAAACACCAGAAGCUGAAGAGGGAUGCCCGGUCCCGCGUCUGCUGAAGCCCAGUGUCCUGCGAAGGGAUCUGCAGAGGGAGCGAUACAAAACGCAGCCGGUUACGAGCGAGGAGAAGAGCUUCUUCAAAGCCAGCUCCACGUCCUUUGACAUCUCGUCGUCGGGCACGUCGGCCUUCAAGCCCACCAAGCCGCUGGACAUUCGCCUGAGCCACGGCCAACAGCAGCAGCCACUGAUAUCCCCGAUAACCGGACAACCACUGAGCCACGUGCCAGCACCACUGCUGCUCUCCUCAUCGACUAAUUCGGGGGCAGGAGCCUCGUUCCGUUUGGCCCGCAGCUCCACGCAGCCCCUGCAAUCCCCACGCGUCGUCCACUUGGCCGCACAGGGUGGUGCCACUGCGUCAGCCUCGUCACCGCUGCUGCUGGCACGCCAGCAUUCCAUCAACGACAGCGUCAAUCUCAGCGAACAGUUGACCCUCUCCGUGGGCACGGACAGCGAGCACAUCUUCGAGAUGUCCGGACUGGAGGAGGACUCGGCCAUACAGUCGCUGAGCGACGAAGUAUCCGCCUCCGCCUCUGCAUCUGCAUCUGCCACCGCAACCACAACACCAGCCAGUGGCUUGGCACGCAGCAACAGUGUUCGGGCCAGGGCCAAUAUGUUCCAGCAAUUGCAGCAGGAACAGUCGCGCAACCGUCGGAGUGAAGUAACAGCAGCAGCAUCAUCAUCCUCAUUGUCAUCAGGAGAUCAGUCAACGCCACGUGCAACGGGGGCCAACCAGCGACAGCCAUCGCCUGGAAACACCACCAAUCCUGUGGACAUAUCGCAGCCAAACGAUGAUCCAAUGUCGCCAAACAAUACACAAGAUGCAGAAUUUGAACCCUCAUCGUUGUCGCUGGCCGAACGCCUGGCCUUCUUCAGCAGCCUGUGCGAUGGCAGUGCGGGCAGCGCCAGCGGUGGCGGCCGGUACCGCAGCCGCACCAGCAGCUACUCGCGCAGUCCGCCCACCGAUCGCACGCCGCGGAACAGCAGCUCCAGCUUGACGCCCACGCGCAUGGAGUGCUCGCCCAUACCGUACGACCAGGAUCAGCAGCAGCAGCUGCAGCAACAGCCGUCUAGUCUAACGCUGGAGAUCAUCAUGGAGCCGGAGCCAGACCCAGAGACAUCGUCGUCGACGUCGUCGUCGUCGCAGCAACACAAUGGCUUCCACGUGCUGACCCGCUCGGCCACGGAGCCGUGCACCAACAACGCCAGCACCGCCGCCACCACACCGACGUCCUUGAGGAGCGUGCGCAUGCGCACGGUGGGCAAACUGGUCCUGCCAGACACAUUCCGGGGCGGAGAUCGCAACAACAACAACAAGAGUGGGACCGCCAGCGUCAACAGGAACAGCUAUGCGGCAGCGGAGCAUCUGAAGAUCGUGGAGGCAGUGCAAAUACCAGUGACCGUCCGGGCCAUCGGGAAGAUCAAGUCGCCCUUCAUCGAACAGCAGCAUCACUCCACACCCACGGUGGCGGCCACAGUGAAGCCUGUGAAGUACGACUACAAGCAGGCAAAUGGAGCUGGCGGCGACAGUGGCUCAGACUCCGGGAAGGAGAACUGCGCCUCCAAUCAGCAGCAGCAGCAGCAGCCGCCGCCUCAGGUCGAGGAUGUGCCCCUCCAGAAGAUGGUGGAGAUGCGAAAGAAGAUAUCGCUACUGGUCCAGGGCCAGUCCCAGGAGAAGCAGUCGUCAGCACAGCCCGUUAAUCGCCGUCACACCACCGAAAUCACCAGCUCCUCGAUGGGUGCUAUGCGAGCCCCCAGCGUGGAUGACCGUUAUGCCAAGUACUUUGGCGUCGAGGAGACUUUCAAGUCCAUAACGACCGUGAUUAAGACGCCGUCGAUGCCGACACGGAUUGUGACCAAGGUGGAGGCCACCAACGAGCAUGUGCGUCAGCCGGGGACGACAUUGCUUACGCAGAAGCGUCGCGAGAUGCUGAAGCGCACGCGUCCCAUAUCCCUGGAAGCCUACUCGAGCGGCACCAUCAGUCCCACAGCGAUGCCCAGUCCGAAGAGAGCCCAUUCGCCCAGCAAUCGGUCAAAGGCCAUUAUCUCCAGCUUCGAGGACAUUGAGGUCACAUCCCAAGAGCUAAAUGCCGCCGGCAAGGACUUCAAACGCAAACAACCCUCCGAACCAUUAAAGGGCAUCCUCAAGAGCAAGCCCCUGCCUGGGCCCAUGGGUCGCGGCCUCAUGCCCGUGGAUCUCAAUGCAGAGCUGAAGAAUCGCCUGAAACGCUCCACCCAUGCCACCGUCUCGAAUCUGCGCAAGUCGGCGACCACAGCAGAUGCCACACGUGGCGAUGAAGUGGACAAUCCGCAGAGGAAUCUGGCCCAGAUACUGCGGAAUGUGUCCAAGGAGAACGCCGCCACCACCACCGGUGCACCGAAGCACGAUGAUGCCGUCAAUCUGGUGAGGAAUCUCGCCACACUGGGGCAGCCUCGGGCGGCCUCGGCUGGCGAGGAUGUGGCGGCCGGCAAUUGUGCCUCGGCAUCGGAGGGCGAGAGUUCUGGGGGUCGCGAAAUCGAGGCGAUUAUCAAGAACAGUGCUGUGGCACGUCGUCGUCGCCAGCAGCAACAGCAGCAACAGCAGCAGCAGCAGCCACAGCCGCCAGAUGGCAAUCCCCUCAUUGCAAAAAGUAAAAGUCACUCGGGCAUAUCAGCAGCACCAGCAGCACCUCUGCCACCCAGCAUUGGUGGCGGCAUUGUUGGCCCCCAGUUGCCCCCAAUUGGCAGCGGUUUCGUCAAGUUGCGUCAUGUAGCAAAGGAGAACGAGGAGAGCCAGCAACAGCCCAGCACAUCGUCAGCGUCAGCGAAGGAAUCACCAGUGCAAUCGCACUCAUCGCUGCAAUCAGCGACAGAUAAGCAGCAGACGGCAGCGACAAAGGAGGAGCAAACAGAAGACCCAUCGAAUCCCACUGCGUUGCCCCAGUUUCUCCAAGGCGUGCGUCGCUCAUCGACCCAGGUCAUGGGCCCCGAUCAGCGCACACUCACCAAGACCACCUCCAUUAAGGAGCGUCUGGCUUCGCUGCAGAAGAGCGGCGAGGAUGACUGGAGGAAGCGCAUCUCGAAGCGCGACGAGGUCGACGAUAUACGCCGCGAAAACUUUGUAAACGAGUCGCUCUCUCUGGCCCACUCGCUGUCGGACAAGCCGCUGCCACCCUCGCCUCUGAUCCCCACCAGCCUCGAGGGCGGCAAGGUCUCCGAUCGCUUGGGCAAACUCAAGUCCAACUCGGAGAACUGGAAGCAGCGCAUAGAGCAAACCGAUGCCAAGAAGUUCACAGUCGCUGGUCGACUGCAGAAGAAGGCCCAGUCGCCCGUGGAGCUGCAGUUCGAGCGUUCGACCAACGAUGCGGCCAAGAAGUGCCCCAUGCUGGAGGUGCGCAGUGCCAAUCAGCCGCAGCUCGGCCUGGCCAAGAGCCCCUCCAUGAUGGUGCCCGGCAGUGCCACCGCCACCGGCACCGCCGCGAGCAAUGCGAAGACCACGCUGCGCAGCCUCAGCGUUAAUCCCGAGGAGGAGGUCUCCACUUUGAGCCGCUCGAACAGCAGCAGCUCCGACUCGGAUGGGGAGCGCAGCUCCCCGCAGAAUGCCAAGCAGAACAAGGAGCUGGCCAACAACAAGAGCGCGGCGGCGCCCACUAAUGUGGGAUCGAGGAUUCAGGUGCCCCGGCUGGACGACAAGGAGACCUUCGAGAACUUCUUUGCCACGCAGCCCACAGCCGCACAACAGAAGGAGAGCGCGACGGAGGUGGAGAUCAGUGCCUUCGACGACAUAAAGCCCACAGAGCGUUUGGUGAGCAAACGACACGUGCAGGGACCCAAGGGUCGUCGUGCCGCGCGCAAUCCUAUCAAGAGUCUGGCGUCGCGCAGCGACAUCACGUCGGAGUACACGGAACUGCGCACAGGAGUGGCAGAGCGGGAGUUGCGGCGCCUCAAGCUGGAGUCAUUUGGACAGCAUGGAAACCUGGCUGCCGAAGCCAUUGCCGGACUGGCCUCCAUAGAGGACUUCAAGGCGGUGGCCUUGCGGUCAUCCUCGCUGCCACUCCAGCAGAUGUGGCUGCCCCACAAGCCGGUGAUGCUGCUACAUGUCAAGGGGCGCACCCAUGUGCAGACCCGCCUGGUGGCGCCCCUUCACACGUCGCUGAAUCGCGGCGAUUGCUUCAUUCUAGUCUCGGGCUCCCAGCUCUACCGCUAUGUGGGCUCCUUCGCGAACGUCAUUGAGAUCUCGCGCAGCAAGAAGAUCUGCGCUGCCAUCGUGGAGAACAAGGACCUGGGAUGUACGGCCAGCCAGGAGGUGAUCCUCACGGAUGGCAAGUACAUGAACGAGCGCCAGUGGCGCCAGUUCUGGACGCUGCUCGGCAAGCCGGAGGAGGAGCAGUACGAGAUUCCCGAGUGCGGCCAUGCGGACGAGGAUGAUGUAUUCGAGAGCAGUCUGAUCGAGACGAACAAGAUCUACGAGUUCCAGGACGAUGCCCUCAUCCCCCUGGACAAGUACUGGGGCUGCAUCCCGAAGGUGGACAUGCUGGACACCCGCAAGGUGCUCGUCUUUGACUUUGGCAGCGAGCUGUACGUGUGGAACGGCAAGAAUGCCUCGUCGGAUGCCAAGCGGGCAGCCAUGCGACUGGCCCAGGAGCACUUUGUGGCCAAGGAUUCGGCAGACUAUGCCCAGUGCUACCUGAAUCCCCUCAACUACGUCUCGAUUGUGGGUCGCCGGGAAAACACCACGUACGCCAAGCGCUGCGCCGAACGACCCGACUGGUGCGUACUCGGGAAGAUUACCCAGAACAUGGAGACGGCGCUGUUCAAGGAGAAGUUCAGCGACUGGCCGGAGCUGGAGCGGGAGGAUCUGGAGAAGGACUACCUGGCGAACGGCGUCCAUGUGGUGCAUGCCCUCAACGGAGCAGCCCUGCACAAGGGCGAGCCUUACCAGGAGCCCAAUCUGGUGCUGGAACAGUCGAACCUCGGCCGUGGCAACUUCUACUACGACAACGACACGAUGCGGCACUUCGAUGUCAUCACCAAGUCCACCGACAAGUGGCAGAUAAACGAGUUCAACUUCGAUGCGGCCAAUGCUCGCGAGGAUUACGGCCACUUCUACUCCGCCGAGAGCUACAUUGUCCGCUGGAUCUACCAGAUCUCGGUCACCGUGCGAGAGCUGAGCGGAAAGGUCUCCAACAGGAGCACCGUAGGUCGCGAUCGUUGCGUCUACUUCACAUGGCAGGGACAGGACUCGAGUGCCAAUGAGAAGGGUGCCGCCGCUCUCUUGACUGUGGAACUGGACAAGGAGAAGGGCUCCCAACUGCUGGUGGCCCAGGGAGACGAGGGCACGGCCUUCGUGCGUCUGUUCCGCCAGCUAUGGCAGCACCGCGGGCGCAAGGAGCAGUGCCUGGAGAAACGCAACCAGUGGCGACUCUACCAGCUGCAGGGCAAUGUCUCCGAGGAGACGCUGCUGAAGGAAGUGGACUGCCAGUCGCGACAGCUGCGAUCCCGCAGCUCCAUGCUUAUGAUCCACGGCAGCCAGGGACUCGUACUCGUCUGGCAUGGCGCGAAGAGCGCCCCACACUCGCGGAGUGUCGCUCUCGAGGCUGCCCACGAGGUAAUCAAGCAAAUGCCCAAGGAUCUGUUCAGUUGCGACAGUGCGGCCACCCUCGCAGAGCUGGAGGAGGGAGCCGAGAGCGAGGACUGCAAGAAGGCCUUGGGAUUAGGAGAGCACCGCGCGGACUAUGGCAGUCUACUGGAGGCCACUAAAUCCUACGACUACCAGCUGAGGAUUUUUAACUUCUCCAGUACCCAGGGAGUGUUCAAAGCCUUGGAGCUGAGCGAUCCGUUGCGUUGCCAGGACAUGCACAGUCCGUAUCCGUUUAGCCAGGCCCAACUCUACAACGCCCGUCAGCCGACCAUCUUCCUGCUGGAUGAUGGCGAUGCGCUAUGGCUCUGGAUGGGAUGGUGGCCCCUUGAGGAUGUGAAGAUAAACACGGAUGAGAGGAGCAGCCCCACCAAUGACAAUCGGGCUGGUGUUAAUCGCUGGAUCUCAGAGAGACGCGCUGCCCUCGAGACGGCCGUCGACUAUUGGCGUGCAAAGCACGGCGAAAAUGUGAAGGAAGCCUUCCACGGCGUCAAGGGCCAGGUGGUGUGGGCCGGCUUGGAACCAUUGGCCUUCAGAGCCCUCUUUCCGGAAUGGAAUGAGCGUGCCGAUGUCAGGGAAAUCAAUGUAGAGGAUGGCCGUUCAGAUGAUAUCAUCGAAAUCAGCACAAUGCUGGCACAAAUGACACAGACAGAGUAUCCUUUGGAGGUGCUGAAGGGGCGACCACUUCCCGAGGGAGUGGAGCCCACGCGGCUGGAGGUAUACUUGAAUGCCGAGGACUUCCAGGUGGCACUGGGCUGCAGCCGGGCGGAGUUCGAGCAGCUGCCCAUCUGGAAGCAGACCAAGCUGAAGAAGGAGCGGGGCCUGUUCUAGGAGAGAGGCACAAUGCAACCAUAUAGACUUGAACACAAUCACAAACCACACCCACACACACACUUUUCUAAGCACACUUUUGUAUGCGGCGAUGCUUUUGCAACGGGCACUGACAUAACUUACUAUAUACCAUAGUAUAUACAUACUAUAUCUAUACAAGUAUCAUAUACACACGUGCGCAUAUCCCUAUGUACUCUCUACUUUACACACACACUAUAUACGAUAUAUACUCGUACGAUUUAUAACCUUUUAUAUGUAUAUGCAAGCAGGCGACACUGCACGAUUAUUAUGCAAGUGCACGAUGCCAGGCAAUAAACUCCAAAUCGCUUCAUUCGACAACCAA